GCUACUUUUUCACCGCACCCCUUUUGAUUUGAACAAAACUUAACACAAAACUUAGCCCAUUGUAGAAGUAAGUGGUCAGAAAGUGGUAUUUCUUUGGGAGAUGGAGGUGCUCAAAAUUGACCCAUUUUGCAUACCCCACCAUACCAUGAGACAUCCAGGUCUUCAUCACUGGAGAAGAUGAAUGGUACAUUUAUCAGGCAUAACAUGACAGCCACCCUGUAUUCAAGAGCAUCUCUCAACCUGGCCGGCACGACACAAACAACUCUGAUGAUGUAAAAUAGGGUCUAAGCUACAACCUAUGCGGAAAAAAAUGACGAAGAUCUGGAUGUCUCGUGAUACUCGUGGACUUUGGGCACCUCCAUCUCCUGAAUGUUUUGGGAUUCAGAUCUAAAAAGUCACUUUCUAAUCACUUCUACCAUGGACGAAUACACUAUAUAUACACAAAACCCCAGAUGAUGCGGACGGACAAUAAAGGCCGGAGCGCCUCCCCCCACAGGAACGCCUACAAGUCUGACUUCCACACCAUCAAAUGCUCCUUGGAUGCCGUGACCAGGCCUAGACCUUCUUCCCUGGGCGCCUCGAUCCCUUCACCUGGCUCCAUGGCAGUCCCUCACACCAGGACUAGCAGUGGAGGUAACCCUGGUGAGGGUACCAGGGGUGGGGCCCUCAGCCCUAGAGGAACUAAGAUCAAAGACAACAUCUUCUUCCAGAUGGACAGCCAACAGCACCUCCUCCACCCCUUAUCUGAAGCCCUGCCCAAACACCCUCUCAGCUCCAGCUCUGUCCGGAGCAGUGUGGCCAGCAUGUCCAGUGUAGAAUUGUCUAUGCUAGAUAAACCGUCUAAGGCAGAGGAGAUAGCAGAGAUAGACAGAGCUGCUCUAGCCCAGAAGUUCUCGGUGACCCGGAAGCUCUUUGAGACGGUCAUUGGGGGUCAACGUUUAAAUGUCAGCCCUGGCAGAGAUGGCAUAAGGUUGGUGGAGAGUGGGGAGGAAAGGGGGAUUGGGAGUGCAAGGAGCAGGUUAGACAGGGAGCAGCUGACAUCCAUGUCAGAAAGUGAAGGAGAGGGGGAGAGAAGGAAAGAACUCAUGCACAUUUCACUACCCAACAUAGAAUUCCAUACAGCCACUUCCUCACUGGGCAUCAGUUUGCCUACAUCCCUUCACCCUGUUAAUGGGCACAACAGUGAGACAUUUUCCCCUGACUGUAGAAGUCCUACAACUGACCCCUCAGACCGCAGGAGUGUGUACGGUCGAAGUGUGUUAGAUGGGAGUGUGUGUGAGAACUUUGUGUUCUCCCAUGUAUCCAACCCUUCCAGCCCAGCACCCACCUCCCCCCACUCUCAGCCUCCAUCCCCUUCUUCCAACUCCCCCAGUCCUCUCACCCCAGUCGCCCCUUGUUCUGACCAGACUGACCUCUAUAGCCCUAGUAGUCCUAAUGCUGACCUCCUGGACAACAGGAGUUUGUCUGAGGGGAACCACCCUAAUGACCUUUACGUGACCCCUGAUGUCCCUUUGACCCCCAAAGAAGUGUCAGGGGCUGGAACUGUAAGGGCGGAGCUAGUGGAGGUGAAGAACGAGUCGUCUGAGAGCGACGGUAACGAAGGAGAGGAGGAAGGCAAGAGGGUAGAGGGCAAUGAGAAUAACCUGGUGGAUGAUGUGUUUGAAGAAUCCAGAGUGGAACCUAGAAUAGUUGAACCUACAUCAGCACAAAGAACAGUAGAACCUAGAAUGGUGGAAAAGAGAACGGUUGAACCUCCAGUAGAACCCAGAAUGGUAGAGUGUGUGGAGGGAUUCCCUGACAGUCUUGAAGUGACGGAACAGGAAAGUGAAUCAGAAAGAGACAUGAAACAGCAGGAGACAGAACAGAGGGAAGAUCGAAUGGAGGGAGAAAACAGACUUAUCAGCCAAGAAAUGGAGCAGCACAGAGGAGAGGGGACAACCGGAGACAGUCAGAAAGUGGAGGUAGAGGUGAAAGGAGAUGAGGCAGGAGAGCAGGAGGAAAAGGAACUUGAGGAGAGAGAAACCAUGUGCAGUGACAGCAAAGAAAAGACUAGGGAGGAGGUGGGAGAGGAGGAAGUGAAAGAGAAGGCCGGAUUGGAAGAUGGAGGGAUUGACUUCAGGGAAGAAGAGGAAAGAAAGUGCAGAGGGAGAGUGGAAGUGAAGGAAGAGCAGGAGAGUGAAGAGAGGGAGUGCACUGAGGGAGGAGAUGAGGAGAAUGGAUUUGCUGCUGUCCUUGGAAUUGAGAAUGAGGCCUUUAUGGAGGAUGGGGAACUGAACUCUGAGUGUCAUGACGAUUUGGAAUGGCACAGAAAGGACUGGGAGCAGCUUUUUAUGGAAUAUGAGGAGAUUCCCAGUCUUCCCCAUGAGGAUGACGAGGAUGUGGAGUCUGCUAAGAGGAGGAAAAUUAAGUUCUCUGCAGCACCAAUCAAGGUGUUCCUGACCUACUCAAAUGCAGACUAUGACCGGCGUAAUGAUGAUGUUGACCCUGUGUCUGCCUCUGCUGAGUAUGAACUGGAGAAGAGACUGGACAAGAUGGACAUCUUCCCUGUCCAGAUAAAGAAAGGAGUGGAGGGCCUGGGUAUCAGUAUAAUAGGGAUGGGGGUAGGGGCUGACCAGGGGCUGGAGAAGUUGGGGAUCUUCAUUAAGACCAUCACUGAGAACGGAGCUACACAACAGGACGGACGUAUCCAGGUGAAUGACCAGAUAGUGGAGGUGGAUGGGGUCAGUCUGGUCGGAGUCACACAGCUGUUUGCUGCCACCGUGCUGAAGAACACCAUUGGCACUGUCAGGUUUUUUAUUGGACGGGAGAAGCAGGGAGAGGAGAGUGAGGUGGCCCGUCUAAUCAAUGAGAGUCUGGAGCAGGACAAGACACCGUCUACGUUAGAGGUGUUAAUUGAUGGUGUUGUUGGGCUGAGCUCAGUGGAAGAGACGGUAGAAGUCCUCUGUACAGAUGAUGAAGAGGAUGAAGAGAAAGAAAUCACCAGCUGCAUCAGAUGCCAACAGCUCCAGUUAAAAGUCAGGACCAAAUCAGACCAGCUCUGCCUAGUGUGGGAGAAGCUGAGGGGGUGUGAGCAGCAGCAGGCCUUGUGGGAGAGUCAUCAGGCUGAGCUGAAGGAGCGUGUCCAGGAUGGAGAGGAGAAGGCUGACAAACUGGAGAAGUACUGGCAGGAGGCCCAGGCUCUGUGCAGGAUUGUGAACCAGCGAUUGGCUGACACCCAGAGCCAAUUAGACAGCCUGGAGGUAAAAUACAGCAAGGCCAAGAGACUGCUGAGAGAAUUCCAACACAGGGAGAAGGAGAGCGAGGGGAGAGAGGAGGAGCUGCAGAGAGAGAUGGAGGAGAGUGAGAGGAUACAUGGAGAGACUGUGGAGAGACUCCAGAGACGGAUAGGUCUGCUGGAGAGAGGGGAGAUGGUCCCUGAGAGUGACAACCAAUCACUGGAUACCUUAUUUACCUCAAGUGCAGACUGGAGCAUUGCGGUGCCUGUGACAGAUCUGUUAGACACCAGCGCUCACAGGGCCAGAGCGCAGCUCGCCCAAAAAACCAAGAGACACCCUCCCUCACGAGACAAACUCAGAGAGUCCUUCAGACAACAGGGUGAGGAAGACCAUAUUCAGAGCUGUGGCGGGAAGAGCCAAUCACUGACUGCGAUCGCACCACGAGAGACUGGACGAUCGGUCUCAGCAGGCGGUCACCAUGUCCACUCCAGCACAUCCUCUCUGUCUGCCCUCACCUCCAAGCCCCACCCCCCCUUUCUUCUCACCCCCCAGCCAGGCCAGUCCCCCCCUAAAGAGGACAAGUCAUCUACCACAUGCAAAUCAAAGAGGAGAUUCCCUGACUUCAGCGGCCUCCGCAAGUCUCUGAGGAGAGGGAGGAAGUGUGAGGAGAAGAAGAACAAGGAAAGGCCCCUGGACCACAGGGGUUUACGUGUUAACCUGGUAGAUGCCCCCAGCGGUGGUGUCUUUCCCUCUGUAUCCUCCGCGCCCUCCUGCCUACCCUUCUCCUGGUUUGGAGAGCGAGGGAGGGAGAAGGAGAGAGGGAAGCUUAGGUCUGUCUCCAGCAGCAGUCUACCAUACAUGACCGCCGGAGGCAGUAGAGACUGCCAGAGAGUGAAUGUAGGAGACUCAGGUAGUCCCAGCUCUGCUCUCCUAUCAGGGAUGCUGUCAGAUCUGUCUCUCUCUGCACACUCUCAAACUCCCACCUUCUCAUCAGAGAACCUGGAUGAUGACUCUGUACCAGUUGGUAACGAUUACCAAUGGCAAAGCCGGCCCCUGGACCAAUGGACUAAUCAGCAAGUCUGUCUGUGGUUGAUUGGCAUGAGCAUGGACCAAUAUGCGGCCCAGUUCACAGCCAAUGGUGUGGAUGGGCUGCAACUUCUCAGUCUGGACAACAACAAACUCAAGGCUCUGGGUGUGUGCAGUCACAGUGACCGUGCUGCUCUGAAGAGAAGGCUGAAGGAGAUGAGGAAGACUCUGGAGAGAGAGGGAAAGGAGAGAGCGAAGGGAAAGGAGGAGAGGGAACAUGAGAAGAGGAUGAAGGAGAGAAAGGAGGCCAGGCAUAGUGGUAAAAAGGUCCGAAACGAGUCCCUCUGCUGAAGUCUGGACCUUGACCUCUAACCCCUAAACACGGAAAUUAUCUUCAAUCACAACUUUUUUUGUCUAAGUCCUACUACUAUUAGGUUCAUCUCAUGCAUUCCAGCCAUUAGACAAUCAGCUAUAGUCUCUCUCUUAUAAACUCUCUACCAGCACAGAAAUGUCAGUCUCACUGUUAGUCUUCACUGUGACUAGUGAAAUAUACUUUUUAUCUGUUUUGUAACAGUAUUUAUGUACAGAUGUUUCUAUACUAAUGUUAUACAAUUGAUUUCAAUGAAGCACUCAAAUAUUUUAAGCUGGGAAUAUUUUACAUUAAUUAAUAAAUAAUGUUUUAAACGUA